AUGGAGACCUCCUCCGAGAGCCCGAACAAAGCCUCGGAGUUCCUGCAGGAGCUGAACCGGAUCAUAGAGGCGCAGCGGGACAUGCUGGAGCAGCAGCAGCGGCGCAUCGAGGAGCUGGAGCUGCAGGUGGCGCAGCUGUGCGCGGACAACGCCAGUCUCCAGGAGCAGCACCGGAGACACAUGGCCACGUGCAGACUGCAGGGCACGCACCCGGGGGGGCAUCUGGGAGGGCACCCGGGGGGGCACACCAGCCUCCACGCGAGUCUCAGGGCUGUCAGCGACACUGCCAUGAGUGACGUGUAA